ACCUGGGGUGAGCUCCGGGGUUGCGGGGUGCGAGCGCCCAAGGGGUGCUGCAGACCGGGGGAGUCCCGUUGUGGGGGCUUUUCCCUCGUCUGGUGGCUGUGAUUGUGGCCAGAUCGGGCUCCUCUGGGGUCUCAGAGCAGAAAAAAGGAAAAAUAAGAAAGAAAAAGGUUGCCCAGGCGUCGUUAAGAAGGAAUCUGUAAUUACAGGAGUAAAGGCUGAGUGAAUGUUCCUUCAAAUAAAUCCCAAACAAUGCUCAGAGGAUCUAAAACUCCCCUGAAAGUUAAAGAAAAUGAGUGUGGUUGUCCUGAACAGAAGGAAGAGGCCUCUUUCCCUCCACCAAGAGACCAGAAGAGCUGCAAAGUGACCAAACCCAAAGGCAUCAGACCAUCCAAGAAGGAGAAUUUCACUGAUGGGAACCAGACACAGCCACCAAAACGUGUCCUGAAAUGCCCCGAGGAGAAUUUGUGUCAGCCCCAGGGGGUUGAUGUGAGCUGGCAGCUCCCUGGGAGGUGUUUUGGGGCGCUCAGGGGGGAUGUGCUCGCUGAACUCCCCUUGCCUUUGCACACCAAGGGGGAUUUUUCCAGCAGCCAAGCUGUUCCCUUGGAAAAUGACUUCUCCACUCCUGAGAGAGACAAAGUGGAAGCAAAACCUGAUUUUAGACUAUCCGAAGAGAGGAACAAACCUGUUGAUUUUGCCGCUGUGGUAACUGCUGAGUUUGGGAUCACUCGGGAAAGUGUUGGCAAACGGCCCACGGGGACUUCCCCAACUUCCCUAAAAUUUAGGAGAAGGUCAACAGUUGGAUUGAGGGGAUCACCAGAAAACAAUACCCUGAUCCGGUACCUGGCCCAGCAGAGGAGCAACAGGCAGAAAGAAGCAUUCACCCAGAUCAGUCCUUUUAAACCUGCAAAUGUGAGGUCGCUGAAGGACAAGAUGGAAGCUUUCCAAGCCUGUUUUGAAUCCCUGCAAGAAGCUGAGGGGGAGGCUGGGCUCUCACACCUGGGGGAGCCUUUCCAGGAAGGAGCUCUGAAUAAAGCACCUCCUAACAAAGAGCCAAACCUGGAGCAGUGGAGAGAAAAGUUCGUGUUGGGCAACAGAGGAGCUGCUUUGCAAGAAAAUUUAAAAGGAAAUGGGACCAAGAGCAUCAGGAGUGAGCUCAGGAUCUGCAGCAUCUUGUCCCCAUGCCGAGCUGUGACUGCUGCUGGCCCUGCUGCUGCAAAGGAAUGGGUUUAUGAGCCGCAAAAUCCCAUUAAGUCCUUGGAGACUGUUGUAACUGGAGAUACUCUGGAAACAGGCCAUGAGCUCUCUCCAGUUCCCAGGUGUGCCCACAGUGGUGCUGUCUCAGAUCUCAGCGCCAGGAAGGCUGACCUUGUGGGAGGUGUGAGCCUGGCAGUGCUGGAGGGAAGCCAAGCCCCUGGAACACCACUGGGAGAAGGGAACAUUCCCAGCAGUGAUCUCUCCCAGAGCAGCUCCCUGCUGAGAUCCAUCCUGAAGAAAACCCCGGGCAGGGAGCUCAUGGACAGUGCCAAGGAAUAUUCAAACAGUGCCAGUGACAGAGGAGGAGGUGAAUCUGCUGCAGUCUCCAAUUGUGUAAAAGCCUUUGAAACAUUGCAAGCAGAGAGAACUGACAGCCAGAGCUCCAAAACACCAAAGAAGAAAAAAGUGACUUUUGGGGAAGUUCUGAGCCCUGAAAUCUUUGACCAAAGCCUUCCUGCCAACACCCCCUUACGCAGAGGAGCCUCCCCAGGCUGUCCCCAAGGGCAGAGCCUCAGGGCAAGGCCGGGCCUCUCUGAGGAGCCUCUGCCCUGCUUGGAUAGGAAUUCUGACCAGCACUUUGGCUUAGAGAGUUGUUUUAGGAGGUUUCUGAAUCUUGAAAUGUUUUUCCCUUUGCUUUUUCUUAUGUUUUGCUGUCGCGUUUUGUUUUGCCACACAGAGCAAAGGUGUUUUCUUUCAGGAAACAAAACCAUUUUGUCUACAAACACUGAUGGACAAGGUCCAUCAAAUAUCUGCUGUAAUUUAUUGCCAAAAAAUGUAAUUUUUUGUUUGAAGGAAGGUGUUGAGCCUCUCCCAGAAUUCCUGGAAGGUUCUGUUGCUGCAGGAGCCCCUUCAGCUGUCGAAAAUGCAGAAGUAGCAGAGACUGACAAACCUGACAUGAUAACUUGGUCUACUAAAAGGAAGCAGUGCAGGGCCGUGGCAGAUGACACUGACUGCAGCAGCUUGGGAGCCACAAACCCUGGGAAUGACAAAGACACUAAAAACCCAGGAAGGAGCAAGAUUCAGAGACAGGAGAAUCCAACCAAAGCUGCUCCCAAGAAGACCAAGAAAACAAAGUACCCAAGCUUUGGGAGAAGAAGAAAGAAAAAAGUCAAGAAAUCUUUGUACGGGGAAAGAGAAAUGGCUUCCAAGAAACCCCUUCUCAGCCCUAUCCCUGAAAUUCCAGAGGUUUUCUCUUCCCUCUCAUCUCCAAGCUCGCCAAAGGCAGCUGCACUUUUUACAGAGGCUGCAGCUUUGGGCAAUCCCAAAGCCAGGGGUGCCUGCAGGGACACGCCCCAGCAGCCCCAGGCUGGGAGGAGGAGUGAGAAGCUCCGUGCAGCUGCUGUGUGCCCUGUGUGCCCCGGGCUCCUGGAGGAGGCAGCAGCCUCCAGCUCUGGGCCUGGAGACUCUGAGGUGCCAGGGAGCCUGGAGGCUGCUCCUGGCCCUGCUCCUGAGUUUUCAAACACUGUGCCAGAUGCAGAAGGUGAUUUUGAUACAUCUGAGUUUUUCCAGCAAGACAAAGAGACUCUAUGUGAAAAAGAAGCAAAAGAAAGCAGUUCCUUGAUAGAAAAGGAGGAAUUACAAGGAAAUCUCUUAACUGGGCUGGAAAUUCUGGAACGACAGGAUGUACAGGAGGCUGCCCAGAGAACCAAGUGUCCUCAAAAGGAUUCUGUCAGAGGUGAUUCAGCAAGGAGAAGAAGAAGCAGCAGCCGUGCCUUCUUCUUCCCUCCUGCUGAAAACUUGGAAAUUAUUGGGGCUGAUCUUCCAGUUUCCUCUUACAAUGUGGAAGAAUUUUUCUCAGUGCCCCAGGCAAAGGAGGGGUCCCUGCAGGCCUGCAGGAGGAGCAGUGCCAGUGCUGAGGUCAGGGUGAGGCGCAGCAUGAGGCUGAGCAAGGAUGCAGCGAGUGAGGGACUUGCAUGGAUUCAGCUUCCCAGUGAGAUUCCCAAGCCUUCCCUCCCAGCUGCUCCCAAAGCCAGGAGAAGAUUCAGCACAUCCAUCCUGGCAGGAUCUGAGAAUAUUCACCCCAGGGAACAAACCCUCCUCCCCUUGCCAGCCCCAGGGAAGGAGAACGAGGGCUCUGUUCCUCUUGCUGCUGGUCCUGGCAGGAGGUGGAGGAGGAGAAGCCUCUUUGAAGCCACAGCUCAAGAAAUGCCCUGGGCUCCCACCCAGAGAAGGAGAAGCACAAAUUCUGGGUGUGGGAAAGACAGGAGUCACCAAAAACACUUGGAAGCAGCAGAAACUCUUGAGCUAAGAUUGAAAGAUGUUUCAGGCAUCUCUGAUUUUCUGAAGUGAAGGUGCUUCUUAGAACCUUGUGUUGUCUCUCAAGUGCAGUUUUCUUCUCUCUUCCACACUUGUAUUUCCACACUUAUUUUCUUAUUAAUUUUCUGGAUAAUUUAGGACUCAUUUUCCUUGCCUUGAUGCCUAAAUUGCUUGAAGAUCUGAGCUGUGUGGCAGACUGGCUCAGAGCAUUGGUCUGGUACAGUUAUGGCAGGUGAUGAAGAGAAUAAAAAUUUCUUCUCCCUGAUAAAGGUGGGCUUGUCUUUAGACAUUAAACCAUGGUGUCAAAUGUGUCCUUCUGGCUACACUUGCUCCAAGGGUCUGUUUCCCCUGUGCUUGAAAGGGAAGAGGAGGAUGUGGGGAACUUUUCUGUCUUCUGAAGAGGCUUUGGGCAGGAGCAGGGGUAGAGCUCCUUAGAGUAAGAUUUUGUGUUAGAGUUCAUGAAUAAUUCUCUGAUGUAAAGAGUGGUCAUUAAAGAAAAAAAACCAAA